AGGAGUACCGGUGGUUCCUGUACCACGUCAGCCGGUUCCCAAUGGCGGCCGGGAUCUUCCUGAACACAUGGGAGGGCCUUGAGUCGGGUUUGCUCCGGGUGCUGAGGGAGGAGUCCUUUUAUAGGCAGGUGCCGGCCCAGCAGAUCCACGCGAUCGGGCCUCUCGUGCAUGAGGACGGCGAUGCGGAGGGGCUGCGCUCUACAGACAUCGAGUGCUUCGCGUGGCUGGACAGGCAACCGGAAGAGUCGGUCGUGUUGGUAUCGCUUGGGAGCGGCGGGACGCUGACGACGGAGCAGCAGGUGGAAAUGGCCUGGGGUCUGGAGCUGAGCCAGCAGAGGUUCUUGUGGAUCGUCCGGAAGCCCACGGAUGCCUCCGCCUCGGCUGCGUUUUUCAAUGUUGGGAGGGACGAGGAAAACGAUCCGACCAAGUAUCUACCGCAAGGUUUCCAGGAGAAGACUCGAGAGGUAGGCAUGGUGGUGUCCUCUUGGGCUGCCCAGGUGGCCAUACUGAGCCACCCCUCCAUCGGAGCAUUCCUAUCGCACUGCGGCUGGAACUCAUCCGUCGAGAGCUUGGCCAAAGGUGUGCCGAUAAUAGCUUGGCCGCUCUACGCGGAGCAGAGGACGAACGCAGCGAUGCUGGUAGAAGACAUCGGGGUGGCCAUUAGGCCGUCGGUCGAGGAGGGGAGGAAGGUGGUGGGGAGGAAGGAGAUCGAGAGGGUGGUGAGGGCCGUGGUGAGCGGUGAAGAAGGGAAGAGAAUGAGACGUAGGGCUCGAGAGAUUAGAGAUAGCUCGAUCGAGAGCUUGAACCAGGGGAGCGGGUCGUCUCAUGCAUCGCUCGCUGUCGUGUGUGAAGAUUGGAAGACGAAGUCCAGGGGAUGCGAGGAAGAGCUCAGUGCGGAUCCUGCUUCGUAGGUCGCGAUUGUGUUCUUUCAUGAGGAUAUACAGCCAGAAAUGGAGCUCAUAACUUUGGAUGUCAAGCCUUCAGCGAUAAAAUCGU